GUCCCAAGUCCAGAGACGAUCACGAGUCAUAGGCAUCGCAACGCGAAUCUCAAAGCCACCUCCCUUAUCUUUUCCCCAUCGUCACGACCUCACCACUCUCCCUCCCCCACCUGUCGUCAACUGCUCCGUCCCGGCGGCUGUCGUUGCUCGCCGCACCGCCGACGCGGCAUCGCCGCCGGCCGGCCAGCCCGCUCCCCCACGGCCUCUAGCGCGCCCCGCGUCACCGCAAGCUUCUUCCCUGAUGACACUGGCGAUCUCGAUCUGCUUCUCUGCCGGUACGCGCCACCGGGGGCUGCGCCUGCGCGCUUCCCCUUCCGCGUGAUUACAGAGGCGGACGGCCUCCGUGCUCCACGCCUCCUCCUCCCACUCUACCCACCGAUGUCCGUCGCCUCCUGCCUAGCCCCUCCCCCACCGCGGCUCCCGCGUGGUAGGGCUGGGCCCUCCACCCCUCCCCCCUCCCAGCUCGGAUUCGGGCCUAGCAGCAGGGCUGCUCCCGCCAAGGGACGGAGGCUGGUUCACAUCUCGUGCUUCAGGCAGGAGCAGGAUGGGUCAGCGGCAUCUGAUGAUGGCACCGGCUUCAAGUACAUUGGGCGGGUGGAGAUGCCUGGGGACAAGGAGGUGAAGGGGGGAGAGGGUGGGAGCUCCAACGAGGAAGAGCAGAGUUAUGAAAGUAGAGAUCUGUUCGUUAUUUUGCUCAAGAUAAAGGAAAAUCUACAGGAAAGGGUAUCCAGAUUUUGGAAUGAACGCUGGAUGGUACCUUGGACUGGACAAACUAUUGCCCAGGUCAUGUUUUUGUGGAUUGCCACAUUUUGGCUCGUGGGUUCGUGGAUAGUGCCAUUCUUGGCUCAUGCUGCUGGCUUUAGCAAGGAAACAUUGACGCACAGGGGGCAAGCAUUAUAUAGCCUUGUGACGGACAUAACUGAAGGCCUUGCUGGGAUUGCUAUCAUUCACCAGUGCCUUGGUAGAUUCCGUCCCCUUCCUCCAGGUUGGUUUGAGUUCAAAUUGAAGGGCAGAUGGCAUUGGGAUGUAGCGUUGGGAUGUCUGCUAUUCCCAUUGGUUAAUUUGCUUUCUCACAUCAACAUCAGCCUAGUUCAUAUGUCGUCAGGGCCAGUCGUCGGGGUAUCCAGUGUAGAGCAAUCCAUUGUUGCCCGUGACCCAGUGGCGAUGGCCUUGUAUGCUGUGGUAGUCACUGUGUGUGCACCUAUAUGGGAAGAGAUUGUGUUCCGUGGUUUCCUUCUCCCGUCUCUAACACGAUACAUGCCUCUUCCAAUGUCGAUCCUGGUAAGUGCCGCAGCAUUUGCGCUGGCGCACUUCAACGUUCAAAGGGUAUUGCCGUUGAUAUUUCUUGGUGUUGUGAUGGGAGGUGUCUUUGCCAGGUCACGCAACCUAUUGGCAUCGAUGGUGCUUCAUAGCCUUUGGAACGGUUUUGUAUUCUUGGAUCUGAUGAAGUGAGCUAUGCAGAUAUUAUUGUUGUCCAGCUUUUGAUACUCCUGUGGGGUUUCCUCGGACCUUUGUUUUUUCAUUUUGCGUGGAGAAUAUAGAAGCUAACCCAGGUUGUGGUCAAGAUGGUUUGUGUGGAAGAAAUCACGCAGGCAACAGAGGAAGGAAAGUGCAAUCCCGCAUGCUUAAUGGAGAAUAGACAACAGAAGACAGCCUUCUGAAGAUCUUUGUGCAGGUGCGAUACCGUGAUAGGAUAGCCAUAGGACUUGUACACAGAAGCAUCUUUCUUACUAGUGUAAAUUAUAUGCGUGAGAAUAACCGCCUCAUCGUGUAUAGAAUUCCCCAUUCAUAUUGAGUUGUGCAAUUUUUUUACUUGAUUAUGUUAGAAAUAUAGAUUCCUUGGUACA